AGGAACUGUGGGCCGGUCACUUCUGCAAUAAUCAUGGCACCAGCUGGAGCAAAGAGGGGUAUUCUGGAGCGUCUGGAUGCGGGAGAGGUCGUCAUCGGGGACGGAGGCUUCGUCUUCGCCCUGGAGAAGAGGGGCUACGUGAAGGCAGGUCCGUGGACACCUGAGGCUGCAGCCGAGAACCCCGAGGCCGUGCGCCAGCUGCACAGGGAGUUCCUGAGGGCAGGCUCCACUGUCAUGCAGACAUUCACCUUCUAUGCAAGCGAUGACAAACUGGUGAACAGAGGCCACACUCAGCGCUUCACUGGGCAGCAAAUAAACGAAGCAGCAUGUGACCUGGCCAGAGAGGUAGCCAAUGAGGGGGAUGCUCUGGUGGCUGGAGGCAUCUCUCAGACUCCCGCUUACCUCAGCUGCAAGAACGAGGCCGAAGUCAAGGCCAUCUUCAAGAAGCAGACCGACGUGUUUGUCCAGAAAAAUGUGGACUUCUUGAUCGCAGAGUACUUUGAGCAUGUGGAAGAGGCUGAGUGGGCAGUCCAGGUGUUGAGGACCACCGGCAAGCCAGUGGCUGCAACUCUCUGUAUUGGACCUGAUGGAGACCUGAAUGGAGUCAGCCCUGGAGACUGUGCCGUCAAACUUGUCAAAGCUGGAGCUCACAUUGUGGGCAUCAACUGCCACUUUGACCCGGAGACCUGCGUGAAGACUGUGAAGAUGAUGAAGGCCGGAGUGGAGAAGGCCGGCCUUAAGGCUCACUACAUGAGCCAGCCGCUGGCCUUCCACACUCCUGACUGCAAGCGCCAGGGCUUCAUUGAUCUGCCCGAGUUCCCCUUCAGUCUGGAGCCGAGGAUCCUGACCAGAUGGGACAUGCAGAAAUACGCCCGGGAAGCGUACUCUGCCGGCAUCCGCUACAUCGGAGGCUGCUGCGGAUUUGAACCCUAUCACGUCCGUGCCUUGGCGGAGGAGCUGGCACCUGAGAGGGGUUUCCUGCCCGCUGCGUCCGAGAAGCACGGCCUCUGGGGAAGUGGCCUGGAAAUGCACACAAAGCCGUGGGUUAGAGCAAGGGCUCGUCAGGACUACUGGGUGGAGCAGACCCCUGCGUCCGGCCGUCCCUACUGCCCGUCCAUGUCCACACCUGACGGCUGGGGCGUCACCAAGGGCCACGCUGAGCUGAUGCAGCAGAAGGAGGCCACCUCCAAGGAGCAGCUGAAGGUUCUCUUUGACAAGGCCAACAAAUGCCACUGAGUUGUGUCUUCACCCCCCCCCCCCAUAACCCUCCAUCCCCACCACCCCCAGGCUAAAUUUGAGAGGACGAGGCCGAGGGGUGGAGUGUGAGGAGCCACACUCACACAUUCCCUUCAAGUUUGCAUACCAAAAUAAAUCCUGACAUCGUUGCUCUCUUAAGGGUUUAUUCUUUUUUUUUACUAACAUUUAGAAUUAGCUGUCCAGCCUUAACCAACGAUGAGUGUUUUCAGUAUCUGUGUGAAAUUACAAAGCUCAAAAGAGCAGCUGUGAUGACCUAACACUCCAAACCAGUGCUUCUUGUCUUUUAAAGAAAAAAGAACUGAACUGUAUGUAGCAAUAAACUUCCAAUUGAACAAAA